UACGUUGAAAGUGAGGCACCCUUUCAGCCCCCACCAAUGUGCCGCAUCCACCUCACCGCAUCCACCUCGGCUGCCAAUCUUGCACCAUUACGCUCACCAGUGCCUGAAAUGCGGGUACCCUCUGGUUGAGAUCGAUGGGAUAUGCGUGAUGCCUGGCCGUACGCUCACAAACACUGCUUGUGCUCAGCAAACACUGUCGGUAAGCAACUGCUAAAAACUGACAAGUGCCGGUACGCACUGGACCACUUCAAGCGAAAGGUUAAGAGAGAUAGUUGGUCAAUAAGCGGCAGGUGGUGGGGUUUUCUGGCGGGCAAUUUAGCCAGAACAUUGGGAAACAUCCUUGGGAUCUUUCAUGACAACAGAGAGUCGGGAACUCGGAUUUACGUCAAGGACAGAAAUUUUUUUUACAGCACGAUGUCCCCCGCGCACAAAUUACGGGGAAAGCGCCCCCUGUUGUUUUCACUAACACCUCUUCCAGUGGCAACUCGAGCAUACCCAAUGUAUUUAAGUACUGGGCGGGCCCAAAUAUGCUUAGCUUCAGGUAGAUUUCCUCUUCUGAAGUGUAGGUGGUGUGGUAACAUUCAAAUGAAUGCACACGAUCACCGAUACUUGGGAGUUUGUUGUUUAAUCCUACCAUUAUAAUUUGUUUAGUCUAUUGCUGUUAGAUAUGAAUUACAGCUGCAUUACGUUAGGCGGCAUUUAAUGCCUACACUUGCCUUCAAAUUCUUGCGAUUAUUAAGUCUACGGAGUUUGCCCUGUGGUAGACUGGCGUUCCGUCCAGGGUGGAUUCUUCAUGGUUUGUGUUCAAUAUUGCAUUGGUUCCGACGCCUUGAAUAGGCUAUUUUUCACAAUAAAAUAACAAAUAACUGAUCUCACUCUUUGUGUCUUACGUGAGUCAUAUUGUUAAAUUAGUAUUUUGUUUUAUAACGGAAGAAUAACCAGACUUAGACAGACGGCUAGAACUGCUACAGCAAGCAGCUGGUGAAAAGGAUAAACAGAGAGAGGUGAAUGCAUUGAGAAACGUACAUGGGUAACGUUCUGAAGACAGAAUAAAUGAGGUAUUAUUAAGCACUUUAAGCGCAGCACCAGCCGUCUCCUCCUCCACCACCACCACCACUACCACCUCCUCCAUAGACUGGCCAAAAAAAAAGACAGAGUCGAAGGACACAAGGACCCAGCGGUGUUCCUACUGACGGUCUUCCCGAGUUCACACAAAGUCUUUUUCAUUGAAAGCCCUGGACGCGCCCAUUCGCCUUAUUCCAUGAGGGAGGGGGUGAUUUUUUUCGCUUUCUCCUCGGAAGAGCGCAAAUUCCAUUGGAGAAGCUUUCCACCUCCCCGCCUGCAUAGUACGGUCUGCGAUCACAGCGAAGCUGAAUGAGGCGAGAAAGCUGUCAGUAUCAUCCUCAGCACCCUCAACGAGCGGCAUCGGCUCCCAAAUAUUCCGUGGCAAUCGGUGCACUCUGUCCUCGAGCAGGAGACACUCCGGGGCGGCUCGCUCUCCUCCGCUAACCGCACAUCAUCUUUGGAGCCGGCAAUGAAACAGGCGCUACUCGAGCUGACGAGGAUGAGCAGGAUAUGCCGGAUGGUGCUGGCCACUUGUUUUGGAUCUUUUAUUCUGGUCGUCUUCUAUUUUCAAAGUAUGUUCCAGCCAGUAAUGCAUAGGAAUCCUUUUGCUUCUGAUGUAUGUUGCCGAAAAGGAUCGAAGAAUGCCUUGCAGGAGCUUUACAAUCCCACUCAGCCAGAAUAUGCCAACACUGCAGUCCUACACCAGAUGCGAAGAGACCAAGUUCUAGAGACCUGUCGUGUCUACAGUGCCAACCGCAAACGCCGUGUCUUGACUCCAGGAGAUCUCAAACACUUGGUUGUAGAUGAAGAUCAUGAAAUGAUUUAUUGUUAUGUUCCCAAAGUUGCUUGCACCAACUGGAAAAGAGUGAUGAUGGUAUUAACAGGCAGGGGCAAGUACAGUGACCCCAUGGGUAUUCCUCCCAACGAAGCUCAUAUCCCUUCUAACCUGAAAACCCUCAAUCAGUACAGCAUCCCAGAAAUUAAUCACCGCUUGAAAAGUUACCUCAAGUUCCUUUUUGUUCGUGAACCCUUUGAGAGGCUGGUGUCUGCUUACCGAAACAAGUUUACCCGCAAGUACAACACGUCUUUUCAUAAACGGUUUGGCACCAAAAUUGUACGACGACAGCGCAAGAACGCCACGCAGGAGGCACUGCAUAGUGGCAGUGAUGUCAAGUUUGAAGAGUUUGUGGGCUACCUCACUGACCCUUCCACCCAGAGGGAAGAACCCUUUAAUGAGCACUGGCAAACUGUCUACUCUCUGUGCCACCCUUGCCAUAUUCACUAUGACCUGGUGGGCAAGUAUGAAACAUUAGAGGAGGACUCUAAUUAUAUUCUCUGGCUGGCCGGGGUCAGUGACUACCUUCGUUUUCCUACUUAUGCCAAGUCUACCCGAACCACAGAUGAAAUGACGGCAGAAUUCUUCCAAAAUAUAAGCUCUCAACAACAAAUGCAGCUUUUUGAACUGUACAAACUCGACUUCUUGAUGUUCAACUACUCGACACCGAGCUACCUGAAAAUGGAAUGAAGACUUGAGGACCUGACCAUGCUUGAAAUUUCCAUGCUGCCAAACAGAGGCUGGGGUUUGAUAACCAUAAUUUCAACUUUAGUGGCUUUAUGGCCCAGUGCUUGAAUAAGAAGAAGUUUGGGUUCUGCUUUAAUAUCCCUUCUAAUGUCUUUGGGAUAUAUCAUUUUUAAAGAACCUUUGUCACUUGAAACCUCAGAUCAUUACAUGAUUUCUCUUAUUAAGUGUAACUACCUAGAAGAGAGAACUUACAGGCCAGACCAGCCAUUGCUUAAAUUAUAUAUAUAUAUCUUCUCUUUGUCAUAGGUAAGACUAAUGUUGGCCUCGGCUCUAUCAGGUGAAAUACUAUACAGGAGAAUACCCCAGCCAUGAAAACAAAGAAUAUAAAUAGAAAAUAAAGGGUAGAAAAUAAAGGUUUGCAUCAUGAAUUCCAACUCUUCAGUAUCUGAAAAAUGAAACCAAAGACCAUAUAAUCUGUAGUCUUACCAUUGCAUUAGAGCACUCCUUAAAGUGAAAGAGAUGGCUCAUAGGGGGAAUGAAGAUUAAAAUCAUAUAACUAACUGAAGUAGUUCAGCUAUUGUUUGGUCACGCUAAAUGAAACAUCUCACAGGCCUGACCUUUUUUAUUUUUCAAUUAAGUUGAAAACAAAGCCCUGUGAAGAGAUGUUCCGAUUAUCAUGGCGUUACCAAGGAUGUUUGAAGACCUAGGAAUCUUUGACCUGACAUUUGUAAUUAUAUGUGAGGAACCCAAGUUGAGAGAGAUCAGGGUCUAUAGAGUUAUCUCAUUUCACUGAAAAUGGCAACAGGUGAUAUUAAAUUGCAAGCAGGCCUAAAUAAAGCACCUUAAAUUUGGCAGCUGGGAUGCACAUCUGCCUUUGUGAUGCAGUACCUUGCAGGAGAGUUGCUUACACUGCACAAACCAUUGCUGUCGACUGGAUGCAUAUUGAGGAACCCGGUGCGCCAAAAAUGAACUUGAAAGACUCGCACUACCAUGGCAGUUUUGAGAGACAUUCAAGGGGGUUGAACCUAUUCUUGCUCACAAUAUAAAAACAAUUCCCCAUUUUUUUUUUUUUGGUCUCGACUGAAGACUUGGAUGUUUUCUUUUGUGCUUUUAAAUUUUAUUUUCUGCUUUUAUGUUCUUCAAAAAUUUGCUCAUAAGGAAAUUCAUCUAACGAAAAAUGCUCCAGUCAGUUUGGUCUAUGAGGACCUUUCACAGGAGGUGACAGAAUUGAGCCCCUACUUUUAUGAUUACAAGACCUUUGUUUUUUUUUUUUUGUUUUUUUUUUUUUGCAAAUGGAUGAUUUUUAUUCAUAUAAAUAAGGAUGCUGCGAGCAGCAUGAUCAAAAUUAUUUAACGACUAUGGGAAAGGAUGGAUUGCUUUUUUUGUUACAAUUUUGGGAACUGAUAGGGUCGAUUUGAUUUUUUUUUUUUUUCUUAUGUUUUCUGUUACAUCCUCUUGAGUGUGCGAUAAUUAAGUGUUAUUUAUUUUUUGUGAAAAACUGGGAAGUAUUUCAUUGAGCGUUCUGCCACCAAAAUGCCACCAUGGCCUCAUCAGAGUGAAAACCAUUUUGUUGGUAAAAAUUAUAAACACUAUGCCCUCUGCUGCUUACACCAAACUCCAAAAUGGUUAUGGCAUAUUGAUACAUAUUCGGUUUUGACUCCUCAUCGCUGGAUGCUAGAAGUACAUAGCAGGCUGUUUUUUUCUUGAAAUCCAUUGUUCCAGAAGACAUUAUAAGGGUUAAACCAAACUAGUAAAACGUUUAAUACCCUUUAGAGAAGUUUGUUGCAAAUCAAAUGAAGCACUCAAUACUUGCCUGUUUGAGUUGGUUUACAGAGUAUGUGAUGAAAGAAAGAAUGGGGAAUAUGAGCAUUGAUCAAUCUUUAUUUAAUGCAUUGUGAUUAACAACAUGCGCCUUUAGAUGGUCGCAAAUAGAGCAGUCAGCCAUAAACUGUACAAAAGAAACAUUACUAUAAAACAUCCAUCCAUCCAUUUUCCCACCCCCAUCAUCUUGAGCACAGUUCCAGCAGGGAAGCUACAUAAAACAAGAAUACGGGGGCACGGUUAAAAACAUAAGGGAAAGUUUAACACAAAUGUUAGAAAGUUUUAUUUCAUGCAGCAAUCCAUUGACCUAUGAAAUAAAUUACCAAGUAGUGGGGUGGAGAGUAGGACUUUAGGAACCUUAAAAUCUCAAGUUGAUGUUCCUUUGGACAAUCUAGGUGAAUACACUGGAGGAGCUUGUUGAGCUGAAUGGCCUGUUCUCGUCACAUU